UAUAGAUAUAGAUAUAGAUGUGAUGGUUAGUUUAAAGGAGGAACUGCACACUUUUGAUUUGAGUAAAGAGGUUGGAUUCCCUUCCGGUUCGUCGAUUUCUGACAGUAGUUGCGAUGCCAACACUCCCAGAUCUCAUUGCAGCCUCGGAAGUGUUUGUCAAACUAAACGUUCAUCACAAGCAGGUUGGACAGACGAAGAGGACACUAUUUUAACUAACGUGGUCAGGAAGUACAAUGGAAGGAACUGGAAAAAAAUAGCUGAAGCAAUUCCAGGACGAUCGGAUGUUCAGUGCCUGCAUCGUUGGCAAAAAGUUCUCAAUCCUGAACUAAUUAAAGGACCUUGGACUAAAGAGGAGGAUGAUCGUAUUAAGGAGUUGGUUGAAAAGCAUGGUUGUAAGAAAUGGUCAGUUAUUGCAAGGCAUUUGGUUGGUCGAAUUGGUAAGCAAUGCCGGGAGAGGUGGCACAACCAUUUAGAUCCAGCAAUAAAGAAAGAUGCAUGGACAGAGGAGGAGGAAUCAUCACUUGCAUAUUACCAUCAGAUAUACGGAAAUAGAUGGGCUGAAAUUGCCCGAUUUCUACCAGGAAGGACUGACAAUGCAAUUAAGAAUCAUUGGAAUAGCUCAAAGAGGAAGUUGGAUCUAAACAUGCCGCCCGCUUUUUCUACUAAAACUGCAUCCCCUGAGCUUAAUUUAGCUAAAAAGAGAGACAGGGGAUGGUCAGUAGUAGAACAAAACACCUGCGAGAAAAAAUUAUUUCCCCAAACCCCUUCGGAGAAUGUUACAAAUAUUUGUUCAACAAAUUUGGGUCUUGGUAUAAGUAAAUCUGGUAUGAUCAAUGAGGAUUGUCUAGGGUUUGCUAGGUAUGCAAAAGUCCAGAAACGUGAAAUAUUGACAUCCCCAGAGGUUCACAUUAGUGUCAAGGAUCCGAAAGGCGAGACUUCUCCCGUUCAUUCAUUUUUAAGUCUAUCAAUUGGAUUUAGUAAUGAUAACUCCCAGACAACUGAGAAUCCUGUAGUUUAUGGAACACCUCCUUGUGGCUCAUUGCGUUACCAGCCACCACAGCUCAAGAAUUUUGCCUUUUCAUUAGAGGAUGGUGGAUCUCCAAGUGCCACCAAUAGUUCUAAACAACAAAAUGGCCAGCUUACUUGUUCUACUCCUCCUGAUCUUGCACUAAGCAUCAGUGUCAAUAGCAGCAGUCCGGAAUCUAUUUUAAGGAACUCGGCAUUGAGCUAUAGGAAUACUCCUUCUAUCAUAAGGAAGAGAACUCCAAGCAAGACUGUUAGUGACAACUGCUCGUGUCCUUGUACACCUGGUCAGCCACAAAUAGCUUCGCCUGAUCAUGAAUGCAGCAAGUAUUUCAAAACUAGUCAGUCUGAAAACGCAAAGCAUGGUUCAGACUCAUGGCUCCAUAGGUCUCAACCAUCUCUCGGACGGCGUUUGGACUACAUGUUUGAUGCAGAAUGGGACCCAACCAUUGUCAGAUGUUGCACCCCAGGUUCUGUUACUCCAUCUUCUAAAGCAAAUGUGAUGCUGACUCCUUGAUUUAGCUUAAUUUAUAUAGUAAAUGGCUCAGGACAAUCUGUGAUAUAUAUAUAGCAAAGAAGAUAUAUAUUGUGGUAAUGGUGGUUGUGCAAUGGAAGCUGCUAGCUUGGUAGGAAUUCAGGUGGGAAAACUGCUCGUUUUGCCUGAGACUUGGUUUAGUUUCCGUCUAUUGCAAAACUUCUUCAUAGAUUAAUAAAUGGCACCAUGCUUCUUAUGUAAAUACAUUUUUGUAGCUGGCAGACAAUUUUGUUUUGGAUUUGCAAUAAUUGAGUAUGGAUUUGUCAAA